AUGGCCUUUAAACUUAUCAUGGUUGAUCCAAGACCAGCAACCCGAAUUGAGGGCUCCGCGACAUCGCAAAGGCGGUCGCAUAAUAAUAAAUCCGCGAGGGAGAACGCUGAACAGAGUGAUCUUCCUGUCAUGAUACACUGUUUCGACUCUGGUGCGACGGGUAAAGCAAUUUCUCGUAGUAAAACCGCUAUUGGCAAAAGAAAGACGAUGAAAGUUGGUAAAGGACGUGGAUCUAGUGAGAGACAUGAACUUGUUUUUUGUCCGUCUCCCUUUGCUUCUGCAAAACCAGCAACGCCAAUCGAACGUGAUGUACAUUCAGGUCACAUUCGAAAGCCAACAAAGGAGAAAAUAAAUAACGGUGUUCCUCAAAGUAAUCUAACGUUUGUGAGUUCGAUCACGGACGAUUAUCAAUUGGAAUACGCAAACCCCUGGCAAUCGUCCUUUGAAUUUGAUGGAAGAAAGCCACAACGCCCACUUUUUCGCAUAACCAGUCCGAAGCUUCGCAAAAACGUCACGAAGCCCAACAGCCAUAUGACCCCGUCUAACAUAAUAGAUCCCAGCUUUGCAUUUUCUCACAAUUCCUUAAAUGUUCCCAAUGACAAAAGCACCAAACAUCAACAAAUCGAUUUUGAUACCAAUCCUAUCUUCAAGAUACCACUGAACAAUAGGUGA